UGACGAUGGGACGGCCCUCCUCGUCCACAUUCUCUGACAAACCACAUACGAACGAGCUGUGUCAUUCUGCUUGAGACCUGAACUCCGAAGAACUCUUCUCCGGUCGCGGUCAAAGCCUCGUCGCCAUGGGGAGGAUCGGCAAGGAGACGGCGGGUCAGGUCAUCAGCUUUAUUGGCCUGGUGGGGGUGGCGGUGACCUGCGGCAUCCCCAUGUGGAGGGUGACGUCCUUCAUCGGGGCCAACAUCGUGACGGGCCAGAUCGUGUGGGACGGCCUGUGGAUGAACUGCGUGAUGCAGAGCACGGGCCAGAUGCAAUGCAGACUUAACGAGUCGGUGAUGCGACUGACCCGGGACCUGCAGGCCGCCAGAGCCCUCGUCAUCAUCUCCCUGGUCUUCGGCUUCAUCGGCUUCAUCAUCUCCUUCAUCGGCGCCAAAUGCACCGGGUGCCUGAAGUCGGACUCGUCCAAGGCCAAGGUGGUGAUCAUCUCGGGCUGCCUCAUCAUCGUGUCGGCCAUCUUGGUUCUGAUUCCGGUCUGCUGGUCGGCCGCCUUCACCAUCGCCGACUUCCAGAACCCGUUGACCAUCGAGACACAGCGGCGGGAGCUCGGGGCGUCCAUCUACAUCGGCUGGGCUUCGGCAGCGUUGCUCCUGAUCGGCGGGAUCAUCCUGACCACUUCCUGCCCUCCUCAAAAACAGUUGUACGGAUACCCAUCAUACCCUCCUGCGCCCGUGUACCCCUACUCGGGCCCGGCGACAUACGGCCCCGUCUACGCCCCUGCAUCCAGCCGGCCGUACACAGCAACGGGGUCGUACGCUCCCACCAAACCAUACGCGGUACCCAGCGGAUACUCCCCUGCACAAUACCUCUGAAAACUGACAUCUGAACUCUUUAUUACCACGAAAAACUGCACCAAUAUCAACUCUGUUUUGAUGGUAUGUACUCCAGUGUCGCGGUGAAAUCAACCCUUUCUUUCUUUACAUUUUCCUCAGCUGGAGUUGAUAUUUGUACUUAAAGAAAACACCUUGAAUGUGUGAGAGCUUCAGGAUGUUGUGUAUUUAUUUCCUUGUUAUAAUGAACUGAUUGUGUAAAUACUGAUGAUUUGUGAUAUUUCUGUAAAUGACACUUUAUGCUGGAGACUUCUAGAGAGAAUUUCAAUAAAAUGUUUAUACUGAACCCUC